GCAUUAGUAUAUAUUCGUAGAAUUUAGCAAUUGUUGUUUUGUUGUUUUGUUAAUUGUUGUUGUAAGUGUGUUGUUGCCGUUGAGUUAGAUUGAUCACUUUGAUAAUACCAUCAAUCAUCAUAAUUUUCUUUUUCUAGACUAGUAUUAGUUAUGGAACCGGAGCGUGGAUUGUCUACCCAAAAAUCAUCUAAGAUGACUAAUGAUACUAAAGGCAUUGUUAUUGGCGCUGUGGCUACUGUUAUUGCUUGUUCUCUUGCUUUUCUUAACGAGCGUAGGUCUAAAACAAGAAGGCUAAGAAUAAUUAGGCAACCCUAUAUUAAUAGAGAUAGCCUGAGGUCGGAGAUAGUUAAUAGUGUUUUGUAUUGUGGUGAUGAUACUCAUUGUUUGGGUCAGAUUCGUAUAAGGCCUCAAGCAUUUUUCAAUUUGUGUAAUAUUCUAGUUGAAAGAGGACUUUUGAAAGAAAAUAUUCGAAUAGGUGUUAAAGAACAAGUAAUGAAUUUUUAUACAUUUUAGGGCAUAAUGUAAGAUUUAGGGCAU